GUGAAACUUACUCUUUGUAAAUAUCGCAAUAAUAAAUGUUGUAAGCGGCCAUUGCUAAGGAAAACAUUUUUUGACAGGAAAGAAUUUUGCUAAAAAAUGACCUCAGAAGGACUUUGGGAAGACAGAGAUGUCAGAUUUGAUAUCAGUCCUAACCAGAUGAAGAUGCGUCCUGGUGAAAAGUUGAUUGAUAAAAUGGAUGCUGUUGAAGAUACAAAAGGCAACAAUGGAGAAAGAGGAAGACUGAUCGUUACAAAUCUGAGACUGAUCUGGCAUUCUCUCAACAUGGCCAGGGUAAAUUUGUCAAUAGGAUUCAACUGUGUGAUAAACAUUUCAACUAAAACAGCUCAAUCAAAAUUACGAGGGACCACAGAAGCACUGUAUGUUCUGACAAAAUGUAACAACACGAGAUUUGAGUUCAUUUUCACAAACCUUAUACCCGGUUCACCAAGAUUAUUCACUACAGUGAUCUCAGUACACAGGGCCUAUGAGACAUCUAAAUUGUACAGAGAUUUGAAACUGAGAGGCGCAUUAAUACAGAACAAACAGCUUCGGUUAUUGCCACAGGAACAGGUCUAUGAUAAAGUCUCUGGGGUGUGGAAUCUUUCUAGUGAUCAGGGAAAUCUUGGAACAUUUUUCAUCACCAAUGUACGUCUAGUGUGGCAUGCAAACAUUAAUGAAUCUUUUAAUGUCAGUAUACCUUAUCUUCAGAUGAAAACUAUAAAGAUUCGAGACUCCAAGUUUGGUUUGGCUCUGGUUGUUGAAAGCUCAUCUCAGAGUGGAGGGUAUGUGCUGGGCUUCAGGAUAGAUCCUGUAGAGAAGCUGCAAGAAAUUCACAAAGAAAUCCAGAGUUUACACAAGGUCUACAGCAACUGUCCUGUGUUUGGGGUGGAGUAUGAGGAGGAUGAACGGCCACAAGGUUUAGAUGAGCUGACCAUUGAGAGAGUGCAAGAUGAUGUUGAAAUAGAAACAGAAGGACAGUCGGACGCAUUUGCUGCAUAUUUUGCGGAUGGUAACAAGGACAAAGACAGGGAACCUGUGUACUCCGAGGACCUGGGAUUGGCCAUUGAAAAACUCAAGGACGGUUUUACUCUAACAGGACUCUGGGAUGUGCUCAGUUAAUGUUUUAUUGACAAAAUAAAAAAUCAAAUGAAAAGCUGCCACAACAGUUGUGUGAAUUGAGGCAGAAAAUUAAAGAUUAACUUGACUAAAAUUUGUGGGUAAAGGAAAAUGUCAGUGUAAAAUUUUCCUGUAUAGGCAGCCAUCAUGAUUGUUAAAAUUAGAAUGGCCCAGCCUUUAAUCAGAUCAGUAAUCUGACCUUUAUCAAUUUGUUUUCCAUUCUCAAAGAUGUUUUCUGAUUCAAAAUUUGCAACCAAGAAUUAUGCUAUUUGUACUGUUACACAAGACAGAGCAUAAAAAAUAGUAUGCUCUGUCAACUUGAGUGAAAUAUCUUGGAAUGCUUAAGCAUCAUAAAUUGGCAAUACUACAUACAUUUACAAUUACCCAGACAAUUUUUUUUUCAUUAAGCUUAGGCACUCAGGCUUGUGAAGAGUGAUGGGCAACAUGCCUGUAGUUUACCAUUGCACCAUCCACCGUGGAAUUUUCUACGGCUGUUAAUUUGAGAAAUUAUAACGUUAAUUUGAGAAAUUAUGACAGAAGUUCAUAAUUUUUCAGUUUAUCAUCUAAAGCAAGUUUAAAGAGCAAUUAUCCCAUCAAGAGAUUUUCAACAUUUUUUUCCAUUUUUCAUGUAUUUUAACAUUCUGUUAUAAUAAUUGAUUUUUGCAUAUUAUUUUGUAUGCUAUUUAUGGUAAUUAUAUAGUGUAAUGUAUGUGAACAUUCCGUCCUGUUUGUGGACACAGAUUAUAAUUUUGUGUUUAAUAUUGCAGUCUGCCCCAUAUCUCUUUAACGUAUUCCUGCAUAUCAUGUAAUAGCUUAUUUAAAUGUAUUCAAACUUUGCCAUCUUUUUACUGAAGCAUGAAGUUGUCUGAACUUAAAUUUCACGGAUUGGCUCAAUUCACAAAAUCCAUAAAAAUGAGUUACCCACAAAUACUUAUGAUUUUACAGUUAAAAAAGUACUUCAUAACAUUGAGUCAUACCAGCUUUUUAAAUUUUCUUGCUUUGGUGAAAUCAAUGCACAUAGAUGACAAAUAUUCCAAUUUUUACGUAAUUAUAUAACACUAACUGUUACAAAAAAACUUGGUGUGGUUCAUAUUUUUUAAAUCGGGCAAACAUCAGGAUGUUGUUGGACUUAAUUGCCAUUUUAACCGCUCACUGAUAUCUACCCGAUAUGGUUCUUAAAAGGCUUCAAAAGUCCAAAUGUGUGAUUGCUACAAUUUCAUUGAACAAAAUAAAGUGAGCAGCCUAGUCAUCUUGAACUUUAGAAUACAUGGCUGUGUCCAUCAGAACAAAGAAGUCCUUCACAAUAAUUGUGACUAUAGAGUGUUACAAGAAUCAGAUUUUGUCAAAAAUGUUACACAGUGAUACAUUAAAGUUGUUGACUAAUACGUGUAUGUUAAACACAAAAUUAUUACAAGUCUGUGGCUAAGAUUCUGCUAUUUAUGAAUACAGUGUACUUGCACAUUUAAAAAAUAAAACCAAAAUUGGCGAA